AUGGCGCACAGCCUGAGUCCCGCCAGCACCGACUCGGCCAGUCCACCCUCGGGAGCGCCAGCCGCCAAGGUUCCGCGAACAAAGCGAGCCUGCGUGCGGUGUUUUCAGGCCAAGGUGCGCUGCUCGGGGGACCAGCCGAGCUGCGUGCGUUGUUUGCAGAAGAGCAAGGUCUGCUACUACGACCCAGAGGGAAAUUCGCGGGCGAAGCGAUCGCGCAGGGCGACACCGGUCGACGAACCCUCAGCCCCCAUCGCCAGUACGAGCACCGCCGUCGCACCCGCUUCAGGACCGUCUCCGACGGGCAAGAGCGAGGAAGACGAGGAUGAGGCACCCGUCGUUGUCCGCCAGCCGUUCUUUCGAUGGCUUGGCCUCACGUCCGUCAUGCCGCCCUUGCAAGGAGCGCCUUUCAGAUCGCUCUCGGUCACCGUCCAGCAACCCGUUACCUCGCCGACGAAUCCUCCGCCCGUUCCUCCCCCUCCUCGCGACCCAGCCGUCGAGUCUGCCGAGGCAGAAGCGAGGGUCAGGACGUUCUACACGCUCUUUGAGAGCUACCUGCCCUACAUGCCGCUGUCGGACACGCUCGAGCAGCUAGCCCGGGGGACUUUGAGCGAAGGCGUCCUCGUCGGAAUGAGCGCGCUUGUCAAAAGAGUUCGGCCAGAAACGCCUUGUCCGGACCCCGAAGAGCUGGCGGAUCGCGCCAAAGCUCUUGUCAUCGCCCAACUCGCCCUCCCUUCGCUCGAUACCGUCUACGCCCUCAUCCUCCUCGCCUACCACGAACACGGAGCAGAUCGCGACUCGGGCUUGUGGGCGUAUUGCGGGAUGGCGAUUCGGAUGUGCAUCGACCUCGGGCUUCACAAGCCCUUCGAGACUGAGGACGUCGCCGAGUCCAACUUGCGGUCUCGCAUCUUCUGGACCGUCACCUGCCUCGACCGGAUCCUGUCGUGCGGUACAGGGCGGGCGACGACCAUCCCGCUCUCGCAGAUCGAGGUCGGUCUCCCUCCUCCACGGCUCCUCCGCACGAGUCAAGGCGUCGACAUCCCCGAUCCCUUCCCGACACUCUGCCGACUCCUACUUAUCCUGGGCAACGUCUCCGACGCCGUCAACACCACUCCCUCCUACGCCACAGUCCCGCCUCGCGUCCCUUCUGCCGUCCAGCGACAACUCGCCGACUAUCAAGCGACUCUCCCACCAUCCCUCCAGUUCUCAAUUCAGACUUUCGGCGCCUACGUCAGCGCCGGCUAUGCGCCCGUCUUCCUCCUCCUCUCGGCAUGGCAUCAAGCCGUCCACCUCGCGAUCCACCACGCCCCGCUCCUGUACAUGCAGCCCGGCGCGACGAUGCAAGACCUGACGCCGCUGAGCGGCUCGCCGGCCGUCAGCAUUGCCGACAUGCUCGCCUACUCGAGCGUGAUUGCCGACGACGCCUUCCUCUGCACGCCCGUCCUCUCCCAGCCCAUCCUGAUGGCUGGCCGCGCUGCGACCCUUCUGCUCCGCACCCUCUCGACCACCAUACCGAGCACGCAGCUCGAGCCGCUCGAGCGCGCAGUCACGGUUUGCCAGAAGACGCUCGAGCGGAUGCAGCAGCGUUGGCGCGGUUUGGCGUGGCACGUCGAGUCGAUGUGCAAGAACGCGCGUGAGGUCGACUUGUCCGGCGUCGGCGCGACGAUCAUCAUGACCGACCGAGGCAUGUUUGCAAAGGCGAGGCUGGACGACUUGGCGAGAAGCUGCGGGUGGCUGUUGAACGAGUUGACGGCGCCGGCGAGCGGUGAAGUCUUCAGCAUCGGCGUCUCGUCGUGGGGCGUCAGCUCGCAGCCGGCAACGACCGCUCCUCCGCCUCAAUCGACCGUCGCCGUCCAUCGCUCCGGGCGCUCCUCCCCGCUUCUCUGGAACGACCAGUCGGGCGGCUUGGAUGUCUUUGCGGAGGAUCUGAACGGAUUCUUGGGUAUUGACUGGACUGCGUGGCAGCCGGAAGGAAACGGGUUAGACGGACUGUAG